AUGAGCAGAGAGCAAAGCGAUUGCUUGAAAAGCAGAGAAUCCAAAAGGAAUUUGAAAAUAUUGCAGCAACCUCGAAUUCGACAACGGAAUAAUGGUGCGUGUGCAUCCAUGUAUGGAGAAGGAAGUGUUGUUUAUACAUUGUAUCAUACACCUAUUGUACAUUUGCGGGCGUUUGGAAGGUUUUAUGGAGUUACACUGGGUGAAGGAGCUAUUUCGAGCUCGGGUUCAAACGACUUAUGUCGACGGCAUAAAACUUGCGCGAAACACAAGUUGUGCAUAAUCUCAUCUCAAACACCACCAAGUUAUAUCUGUGAAUUUGGAAUAGGACAAAUUCAGGAGCCUAGGGGAUGGAGCUGGAAAAAGGGUGCCAUACAGCAAUCAAUAAUAUACUAUAUACAAGAAUCACGGCAUUAUACCACAUGUUCGCCCAAAAAGCGCCGGAUAUCCGCUAACAGUAACUCACAACAAACGGCUGCUGUCGAGAAGCUCAACGCCGUCAAAAAGAACAUAACUUGGAAAGAGAGUCCAGAAAGGAGAAUUAGGCACACGUAA